AUGCAAUCGGUCAGCAAGAGUGGCGGAUCCGUCGUUUCUUAGAUUUCUGGCCCUGGGGCGCCGCUGACCUUCACUGUACUUCGAUCGCCCGCAGAGAGGUAUCCUUCCCGAUUUGUUUCCGAGAUUGAAGUUUGCCACGAGCGUGUUUCAUGCUUUUGCUCAUCAAUGGCCCUGCCAGCUCGAGUACAACCCGCGCCUGAUUCAGCACUUUGGGUUGACGGAUGGGGAGGGAUGCGAACGCGUUUGGAGUCAGCUCCGAUCGCUCAUCCCGAUCAAUCGUCCUGCGAGCGCUUCUCACCGGCGCGUCAACAUCUCGCGUCGCAUCGACCUGAUGAACAAGAACGGUGUUGACAGCCUCGGUAUGCUCUGCCAUCCACACUUUCACGCCGUGUUCGUUACUCAAUCAUGCGGUCCCUUCAUUCAUCGUCCAUUCUAGGCCGUUGGCUCCGCAGACGACUGUCGAAUGCUCAAGAUCAGCUUGGAAGGGCACAAACUGAUCUGAGCGACGUUUCGGCAAUAUGGUCCGAGUCUGACCUUCUCGCGCAAUGGGAUUUACAGCGAGCUGCUCAAGCGGCCACAACGGCGAGUCAACGUCGGGAGAAUGAGGACAAGGAGCGAUUCGAGCUUUUCAACAUUGUACAGAAGCUACACCAGGUGGAAGAAAGGCUGUACGUUCGGCACGUCAAGCCCCAUUGGAGGACAAGGGCGUAAAAUUGACACUGUGUCUUGGCAUUGUGUGUUCAGAUUCGAUCCAAUGGCUUCCGAUGAAGCGAAGGCUCGCUUGCAGCAACAGCUAAGAGCUUAUCAACAAGAAUACAAUCGUACGAAGGAACUUGCAGCUUCAGGUGCGGCGCGCGUCCUAUCUUUAUGAGUACCGCCACCUGAUAUUUGAUGUCCCAUGACAUACCUAGAUUUCCAGCAUUUGUGCAACUGCGUAGUCAAACUUCGCGCAUUACACAAAGCGACGGUCCAAUUGCAAUGCUGUCAAGAACGAAUUGACUCAAUGGGUCGGGGACGAAGCGGCGCGACAAUCGGUCAAGUCGAAGCCAGCAAGCUUGUCAGCGUCUCACAGACGCACAGCAAGAAAGUAAAAGUGGCAAUCGAUAUGUACAAUAAAGCGGUCGGGGAUUACCGAAAUGCUGCGACCGAGCAAUCGGCCAAGAUUCUGGACAACUUGCCGCUCGCUACCACGAUAAAGUCGCUUGUGACUCUGUCGCCAACGGACGCUUUCUGGCAAGACGGUUUUUUCGAACACGACACUGCGCCUUGGGCGAUCGAUACCGACGUUCAGAAAGGGAUCAAGGCGGUUCUACUCAAAGCCAGGGCGGAAGAAGAGAUUCUUCGAAUCGGAGCUGAGGUUCGACAACUACUCGCGUGGCUCGAAGAUGAGGACACUCGCUUUGUUAGGGUAUCUCAGGCAUGGGCAGAGGACAAAGGUGAGAUGGACACACUCUUUCUUUGUGAUGGUGCUGUACCUUACGUCGCCCCUUCUAUUAGUUCCCGAAGAAACGAUCGAAGCGGCUAGGAAACUUCUCGGAACUGAUGACGCGGGCGAGGUUGGCACGGCGGUGUGGCAUGUGCUUCAACGCCGACAGAUUUCGUUCAAAGAGCGUCUGGAUCGGCUCGCCGAGCGCGAUGAUCUCUCGGUUGUCUGGUUCAGAACGCGUUCACCCGCAGUUCAUGAAUCGCGGCCCUCGGCAUUCGGUUUGAUCGGGGGACUUUUCGCCGGACGGCCGAAACAGGUGUCGCGCCGUUCGCGCGGUAGUCCACGUCAUUUCGGUCGCCGCCUUUCGACGCUGAAUAAUACUCAAAUGCAGAGCCUCGUCGCUGAGUCGAGCCGCCGCUCAUCAGGUCCUUCUGCCGUGGACGUGCGCCACACAACCAUCGACCUCGACGCAUUCCGAAGGGAACUUGGCCUGACCCCCGAUCCAGCCGCGGAGCAGGCCGAGCGAGACCGCGAUGAUGUGUAUGAAAGACGAAUGGAAGAACUUUUGGGCUCACGAUCGGAGCAGGAGGUUGAGGAAGAAGAUGAUGCUGAGCUCGGGGAGGGCGGCGGAGAGUCAGGCUCGACAGGGGGUGAAGCCUCGGACGACCUCGAGAUUCUCGACGAGCCCAUGGGCUAG